AUGGCGCAAGGAGCGCCUUCAAAUGCAGGCAACAAUGCCUUCAAGGACAAGGCCAAACCACAAGCUGUCAGAGAAGCCAACAUCACAGCCGCUCGAGCAGUGGCAGAUGCCAUAAGAACGUCGCUAGGUCCCCGUGGUAUGGACAAGAUGAUUCAGACGGGCAAGGGCGAGACCAUCAUCACCAACGACGGCAACACCAUGCUCAAGGACAUGAGCGUGAUGCAUCCCGCCGCAAAGAUGCUGGUAGAUUUGGCAAAUGCGCAAGAUAUCGAGGCUGGAGACGGUACGACUUCAGUCGUUGUCAUUGCCGGUAGCCUGCUGGGAGCAUCCGAGAAGCUGCUUGCAAAAGGCAUCCACCCGACCAUCAUCAGUGAGAGCUUCCAACGAGCAGCAGCACGUGCUGUGCAAAUACUGGAAGACAUCUCCGUGCCUAUCAACCUCGCAGAUCGACAAACUCUCCUCAAAGCCGCCUCUACCUCUCUAUCCUCCAAAAUCGUAGCGCAAGAACCGAAGCUCGCACCCAUGGCUGUCGACGCCGUGCUGCGAACCAUCAACCCCAGCAACGCCCAGAACGUCGACUUACGCAACGUACGGAUCCUGAAGAAGGCAGGCGGUGUUAUCGACGAUUCAGAGAUGGUAGACGGUCUGGUUCUCAGCCAGCAAGCAGUGAAGAGCGCGGGAGGGCCCACACGGAUAGAGAAGGCCAAGAUUGGUCUCAUCCAGUUCCAGCUCAGCCCACCGAAGCCAGACAUGGAGAAUCAGAUCGUCGUGAACGACUAUCGACAGAUGGACAAGAUCUUGAAGGAAGAGCGGACGUACCUUCUGAACAUGGUCAAGAAGAUCAAGAAGGCGAAGUGCAACGUUCUUCUCAUCCAGAAGAGCAUUCUCAGAGACGCUGUCAACGACCUGAGCUUACACUUCCUGUACAAGCUUGGCAUCAUGUGCAUCAAGGACGUCGAGAGAGACGAAGUCGAGUUCAUCUGCAAAUCGACUGGCUGCAAACCCAUUGCGGACAUUGACUCGUUCACGGAGGACAAGCUGGGCUCUGCGGAUCUUGUCGAGGAGAUUUCGAGCUUGGGGUCCCGCUACACGAAGGUGUCCGGGGUCAAGCAUACCAAUGCGAGCGCCCCACGUACAGUGUCGAUCGUGGCCCGCGGCGCCAACCCACUCAUUCUCGACGAAGCCGAGCGCAGUUUGCACGAUGCCAUGUGCGUCGUACGCUGCUUGGUGAAGAAGAGGGCUCUGCUGCCAGGUGGUGGCGCUCCAGAGAUGGCUGUAUCGACUCAACUGUCACAAGACGCAUUGACAUCGCCCUAUCCAGAUAGCGUUUGUUUCAAAGCAUUCUCAGACGCCCUCGAAGUCGUCCCGGUCACGUUGGCAGAGAAUGCCGGCCUCAACAGCAUCAAGGUCGUCACAGAACUUCGAGCCAGACACGCGAAGGGAGAAGCGAACGUCGGGGUCAGCAUAAAGCGUGGCGGCGUGGGUGUCAUGGGAGGAGAGGAGAAGAGUGGCGCCGGAGAGGGUGUCAUGCAACCGCUGCUCGUCAGCACAAGCGCUUUCGAGUUGGCGAGCGAGACGGUGAAGAUGAUACUGCGGAUUGACGACAUCGCACUGUCAAGAUAG